AUGGCCGAGCCGCGCUCUAAGCGGCCCCGCGUCACGCUGCCCGCCUGCCCUGCGCACCGCCCGCUGGCCGGCAGCCGCGUGAGGCAGAGCUUCCCGCCCGCCGUGGAGGAAGGCCUCUGCGGUGUCACCGGCGCCUUGCUGGAGCUCUCCUACUGCCUGCAGGCGCUGGGUGAAUAUUUUGAUCAGUCACAUGUGGCUCUACCAAAUGUUUCAAAGUUCUUCUUGCAUCAAGCUCUGGAAGAGAGAAAAGCCGCAGAGGCUUUGAUGAAGUAUCAGCAAGAAAGAGGAGGCCAUUACUGUUCUAAAACCAUCCAGAAACCACACUGUGACUAUGCAGUCGGUCUGAUGAAAGCCCUGGAAGUAGCAAUGGUACAGUGGAAAACUAUGAUACGAUAUUUUGAAGAGCUUUAUGCCCUGAGUAUUGAAAAUGCAGACCCUCAUAGCGCAAGCACUAUCAAGAAACAAUUUAUUGGGCCCAAAAUCCGGAAGAUCAAGCUGAUGGGAGAUCUGCUGACCAAUGCUCGCAGGCUUGACUGUUCCCAAGAUGGCAGAAAUAGUCUUGGGGAUUACUUUAUGGACCGGUUGCAGAAAGAGUUCAGAACAGGCAUAGAGCCAGAGUCUAGUCAGCACUGCAGCCCCUGCCCACCUCUCCAGCAGUGUACAGGAGCUGCAGAGGGUCUGAAGCGACCCCAGAGAGAAUCUUCCCAGCAUAGAAAUGGCAUAGGGCCAAUAUAUGCAACCAUACACUGCACUACCAUGCUGCCACAGUGUAAUGAUGGGACAGGAGCAAAAGUGAAGCAGGGCAGGGAGGGCCUUUAAUGCUGUGGCCGUUGCAGCUACGGGGCAGCUCCUAAGGCAGACCUGUAUGGAGGCUGGACUUGAGACCAGAACUCUGGAGACACGAUGCUGUAUCGCUCCUCCUGCUUUACGCCCUGUCCCCUCAUCCUCUGUUGAGUUACAGCUCAAAAUCUAGCGUAUACCAUUAUUUUGUUUAAAUGAUAGCAAGGUUGCUAGUUACCUAGAUUGUCAGUAUUAGUCAGAUUUUUAUCUAUGCAGUUCUUUCUAGAAGCCAAAAGCUUUUAAGCCUCUUUUCUGUCUUAAAUGAUUAUUAGGAUUAGUUAGUGCAAAUUAUUUUUAACAGUAUAUAUAACUUUUAUUAAAAAAAACCAAAAUGCAACUUUAGUACAAGGAAACUUCUAUGUGGCAGAAUAUCCAAAGAUUUAGUUUUAUAUUAUUAAAUAUUUUAUAUUACUAACAGAUGUUUUACAUUAGUAACAAGUAUACUAACAUAAUGAACUUUUUUAAAAGACUUGUUUUAAAACAAAAUUUUGUUGUCUUAUAUCUAUCAUAGUAGCAAUUUAAAUAAGUAGUCUAAUCCAUUUACUUAUCACCCAGCUAUUUCUAGUGGUAUACUUCUCCAAGAUGAAGGAUGCAGACAUUUCCUCAACAGUGGGAAUAAGACAGUGUGCUGGUUUUCACUACAGUUAUUUGCCUAGUUGGCUUUUCUCAUCCUCAGAAAGCAGAUGAGAGAUAAAUUAGGGGUUCUCAUUAGAUGCAAUCUUUACAGGUUCUAGUGCGUAUUUUGCAAGUGUCACUGAAGACACUAGCUCUAGAGCUCUGUCCAGACUUAACCUAGGAUGGUUGCUUUAACUACCAUACAGACCCCUGUUUCAGCUAGCUAAAUUAUGGUAUUACUAUGGUACUACUGUUAUUUCUUGUAUUCCCUAUCUUGGUCCUCAGUAGAGGAAUAAGAUCCUAGUGAAAAUGCAGCACACCUAACUAGAAUUGCAUCACAGAGAGAGGCCACUCGUUAGUUUUGCAUUUCAAUUAGGGCAGUGUUCAAUUAGGGGGGAUAUUAGCACCACCAUACCUAAGGCCUUUACUUUAGCCAGCUUGGUUAAAGUUUAGAGGUGUCCAAAUUCCUUCCAUUCAUCUCCUACAGGAGUGCCUCUCUUUCUGUACACUGGCUACCAAGGUCACGUAAGAAGAGCAACUGCCUAGAUCAGCUGCCUGCAGCUAGGUUUUUUUGUCAUUAUAUGCAACACCUUUUAUGCAAUUGGGGUUUGCUUCAUUGAAAGAUUGUCUCACACUUUUAUGUAAUACUGUAAGCGAUACUCCUAUUAUGCUUGAAAAUAAAUUCAGUUCAAUGUUAAAAAUGGCA